AUGGCUCAAACCCAGACUCCAGAUGUUGAGGACUCCGAGUUCUUUCAUCGCACUGUGAUAUUCAAGGCUGAAUCAACGCUCUUCAGUAUCCCGAUGGCCUACCUUCCCACAGGUGGUGGCGUCUUUGAAUCUAUGUUUUCCUUACCCAAUGUCCGCGGAGAGGGAAAGAGUAAAGAAGACCCCAUCAUUCUCACUUGGGAUGUCACCGCCAGCGACUUCCGAAGCUUUAUGAAGGUCUGUUUGCCCCAGCCCCACUCACUCAAAGCGUAUAGUAUGUCAGUGUCUGACUGGAUGUCGGUCCUCAAACUCUCGACCAUGUGGUGCCUCGACGAGCUCCGUGCGCGCGCCAUUGAAGGCGCGGAUACUCAAGUCAAGGCGAUGCCCGACGUGGUGGAGAAGAUACUCCUGGCCAGGCGAUACAGCGUAUCGAGGUGGCUUAUUGACGGCUAUGAGGCCCUAGGGAAGCGAAGCGCCUAUCUUUCUCCCGAUGAGCAGUCGAAGCUGGGGCUAGAGACAGCAGUCAACUUAGCGGAGCUGCGAGAGAGGAGUUGGUCAUGGUAUGCUGCAAAGCUCAAAGACGAAGCCGUCGAACUCUUAGGACAGCCAGCACGCCACAGUUCCUAUCCGUUUCCAGUGGCCCGAUGGGCGUUCUCGAACAUAUCCAGAGGCGAUUUCGACUACGUCGGCUCUAUUAGGGUGAUUUUCUUAUCAGAGCUUUCACUAGACAGAGAUUACCUCUCGGAGCAGUACGCACCAUUCACGGCGUAG